CCCCCCGGCGGCAGCUCGGCUCGCAGACGGCGGCGCGCGGAGCGGGAGGAGGGCGCGACCGGCGGGCGGGGCGCAGCGCGCGGCCUCGGGCUCCCUGCGCGGGCCCUCGGCGGCCGGGCGGCUCAGGCCGGGACCAUGGCGCUGCGCGCCCGGGCGCUGUACGACUUCCGGUCGGAGAACCCGGGCGAGAUCUCGCUGCGGGAGCACGAGGUGCUGAGCCUGUGCAGCGAGCAGGACAUCGAGGGCUGGCUCGAGGGCGUCAACAGCCGCGGCGACCGCGGGCUCUUCCCGGCCUCCUACGUGCAGGUGAUCCGCGCGCCCGAGCCGGUCCCCGCGCCGGACGGCGGCCCCGGCGCCCCGGCCCGCUACGCCAACGUGCCGCCCGGCGGCCUCGAGCCGCUGCCGGCCGCGCCGCUGGGCGCCUUCCAGCCGCCCCCCGGCGCGGGCCUCCCGUACCCGGGGGGCGCCCUACAGCCGUCACCCCAGCAGCUCUACGGCGGCGGCGGCUACCAGCCCGGCCAGGGCAGCGACGACGACUGGGACGAUGAGUGGGACGACACCUCCACGGUGGCGGACGAGCCCGGCGCGCUGGGCAGCGGCGCCUACCCGGACCUGGACGGCUCGUCGUCGGCGGGGGGCGCCGGCCGCUACCGCCUGUCCACGCGCUCCGACCUGUCGCUGGGCUCCCGCGGCGGCCCGGCGCCCGCGCAGCACCAGCCGUCGGGGGCCAAGAGCUCGGCCACCGUGAGCCGCAACCUGAACCGCUUCUCCACCUUCGUCAAGUCGGGCGGGGAGGCCUUCGUGCUGGGCGAGGCCUCAGGCUUCGUCAAGGACGGGGACAAGCUGUGUGUGGUGCUGGGGCCCUACGGUCCCGAGUGGCAGGAGAACCCCUACCCCUUCCAGUGCACCAUCGACGACCCCACCAAGCAGACCAAGUUCAAGGGCAUGAAGAGCUACAUCUCCUACAAGCUGGUGCCCACGCACACGCAGGUGCCGGUGCACCGGCGCUACAAGCACUUCGACUGGCUGUACGCGCGCUUGGCCGAGAAGUUCCCCGUCAUCUCGGUGCCCCACCUGCCCGAGAAGCAGGCCACCGGCCGCUUUGAGGAGGACUUCAUCUCCAAGCGCAGGAAGGGCCUCAUCUGGUGGAUGAACCACAUGACCAGCCACCCGGUGCUGGCGCAGUGCGACGUCUUCCAGCACUUCCUGACCUGCCCCAGCGGCACCGACGAGAAGGCCUGGAAGCAGGGCAAGAGGAAGGCCGAGAGGGACGAGAUGGUGGGCGCCAACUUCUUCCUGACGCUGAGCACGCCGCCCGCCGCCGCGCUGGACCUGCAGGAGGUGGAGAGCCGCAUCGACGGCUUCAAGAGCUUCACCAAGAAGAUGGACGACAGCGCGCUGCAGCUCAACCACACGGCCACCGAGUUCGCGCGCAAGCAGGUGACGGGCUUCAAGAAGGAGUACCAGAAGGUGGGCCAGUCUCUGCGCGGCCUCAGCCAGGCCUUCGAGCUGGACCAGCAGGCCUUCUCCGCCGGCCUGAACCAGGCCAUCGCCUUCACCGGAGACGCCUACGACGCCAUUGGCGAGCUCUUCGCGGAGCAGCCCAGGCAGGACCUGGACCCCGUCAUGGACCUGUUAGCGCUGUACCAGGGCCACCUGGCCAACUUCCCGGACAUCAUCCACGUGCAGAAAGGCGCGCUGACCAAGGUGAAGGAGAGCCGGCGGCACGUGGAGGAGGGCAAGAUGGAGGUGCAGAAGGCCGACGGCAUCCAGGACCGCUGCAACACCAUCUCGUUCGCCACACUGGCCGAGAUCCACCACUUCCACCAGAUCCGGGUGCGGGACUUCAAGUCCCAGAUGCAGCACUUCCUGCAGCAGCAGAUAAUAUUUUUCCAAAAAGUGACGCAGAAGCUGGAGGAAGCCCUCCACAAGUACGAUAGUGUGUAGUGGCCGGACCCGGGAUGGCGGACCCCUCCAGCUCGAGAAUAAUUCCCGCAGCAGGACAGAAACUGCUGUCAGGGAGCCGUGGCCAGCGCUCGGUGGCGGCACAAGGCUGGUUUUGUGUUGACUGGAACUGGGCUGAAUUCGCAAUGACGCAGGGCAGAAACAGUUACCGCGGUUCCGCAGUGGAAACAGUACCACACAUUGUAACUAAGUUAUACUCUGUAUGCCUACACUACCAUUGUAACUUUUGGAAUAACGAUUAUACUAUUUGCCUUAUUGCUUUUUGAAGUAUGGGUAUUUUAGAGCCUACCUUGUAGACCUCAGAACCCACGGAGGGUCUCCGAGAAGCCGGCCGGGCCACAGCCUGCUCUGGGUGCCUUUCCCCUCGCGCACAGAUCGGGAUUCCCCAAAUUCAGCCUGUCCUCUGUUUACAGACUCCAGCUAGAGCAGCUAUGCGACUUCGUGCCUUCUGACGUUUUUUUUUCCUUUCUCCGCCCCUCCCCCCUUCGAGUAACUGCAGCUUUCCUGGUGGGAAGAGUGAGCGGCCAGGGGUGCCUGGGGUCGCAGCCUGCCUGCCGUGACCCCACGCCGCUGUCACUGGGGCAGGCGGGAGGGCGCUGUCACAGGCACGCGGGGUUUGUCCCCUGAUCCCACGGUGAGUGCGGCGGAAGGGGCUCUGCACUCCUCGCGGGGUGAGAAGUCCAUUGGGGCAGGAGAGGGGGCCCCUCUGUUCCCGAGAUGCUGCGGUGAUGGGGACUGUUCUGGCCGGAGGACUGGUCCCACCAGCGUCCCGGAAGCGAGGUGGGUGGUCCCCAGGGGCACGCCCACCCGUGUGGGGAGAGCGGAACCCAGCCCGCAGGGACACAGCCCAGGACCCGUGAGGACACCCUCGGUGUCCCUCGUAGGAGGGUUCCCCCCCCUUUUUUUUUCUAUUUUUAGCUUGAAGAUUUUCUUUUCCUAUUCAGUGUGAUUUUUUUUUUAAACGGAUCUACACUGUUAACCAAUUGAGACUCCACUGUGAUUCAUCGUUUACUCACUCGGACACUUUUCAGGGACGUCUGUGAGAUAUUCAGUGUUACACAGCGACGCCGCUACUGUCGGCCCGAGGAGGGACCAGCAAUACUUGCUACUAUUCCAGACGCCGAAAGAUGCUGGAGCGACUGCUUGUUUUCAAGGACCGAUGAGCCCCCGGGACGUCGAACAGGACAAAUCACCUUAAAUAUAUUCUUUUAUUGUUAUCACAAGGGAAAUAGAAAUGGCUGGUAAAUACCAAAAAGAUUCCAAAGCAGCUUCAUUUAAAAAGCACAAAGAGAUUGCGGCUCGGGGUGCCGAAAUCUCAAUGUUCCUCGUGGCCGCUGAGCCGGGCGAUGGGGUUCUCGUGGUCCCGGGUGUGACGACCGGCUCCUCGGGGUCCCGGCGGCUGCUGUUCCUCCGGGCCGCGGCUGGCGCCGGCUCAGCGGCCCCUGGGCGUCGACCUGCCCACUGGGGAUUGAAGAGGUCGGUCGGAAGGGCUGGCGAGCCGCACCCACUCGAGAAGAGGGCGCUCGCUCAAACCACCGCUCGGCGGCACCUUUGUCGACUCUCGGAGGUAGCCUCACGUGGGCUGAGUUUUUCAGGUCCGAGUGUGGUCGUUUUGAUCACGACUUUGUCCCUUGGGGAACCUGGAGCCAGAUCUGACAUCCUGUGGCUUUGAAGUCUCGGCCGCGGAUGAGUGUGACCAAACGUGCUGUUGUUCUCUCAAGGGUAACUGUCUCUUACUGAUGGCAAAAUGCAGCUGGCUAAACAAAACCCACGUGUGCAUAAAUGUUAAUGUUGUGGCGGAAGUUUGGAGAUUGUGACUCUGGCAUUUAAGUUCAGGUCUGUAUGGGACACGUAAGCUUUUCAAAUGAUUUGAAAAUUGGUUUUAUUUGCCUCUUUAUUUUCAUGGUGGUUUGAUUUUUUUUUUUUUUUUUUUAGUAAAAUCACUAAACGCGUGCUGUGAUAGCACGGAAGUUUUCUGGGGUGUCUUGCAGGACUGCGUGCUGGCCAGGGUGGACGCAGCUCGAGUCACAGAGACCACCGAGGACUGGAGGACACGAAGGGCGAGCUCACGCCCCCGCCUCAAGGAGGACUUUGGUUUUCCUGACGACAGCCUGUGACGCUGCCGACUCGAGGGAGGGUUGGAUGAAUUCCGUGGGGCGGGACACGGGAGGUGUUGGCGUCCCCUGGCACCCGAGUCCUUUUCCUCGCUGGCCUUCUCGGUCCUGUGGGGACAUGUCCGCACACAGAGUGCCGUGAGGUCAGCGCGUGGGGGAGAGCCGCCCUCCCGUGUACACUGGUCACUGUGGCCGGUGCGGCACCAGUUUCACGAAUAAACUAUCACGCCCUUCAUGCCACCACUGGUCCUCGUUUCUGUAACCCACCCUUCUGAGCAUGGUCACCAUGCAGAGGCGUCCGCAGGGGGCUGGGCAUGGCCACUCAGGUGAAGGCCAGGUUGCCUCUGCCUCUUCAAGUCCUUGUGGCCCCCCAGCCCCAUUUAAGCCAGGGGAGGGGGCGUGCGGGGGAGCGGCACGCUGAGCCCGAGCACCUGGGCCUGCACAGGGGUCUCCGUGGAUGCCCCACAGCACGGCCGGGCCUUGGACGCUGGCUCACAGGUCCCCGCUGCCCCCGUCGCCAAGGACCCCAGGGCUGUCUCGGCCGGUGGGGUCGGGCACGGAGAGCCCCCGAGACCGCUGACCGUCACCCUGCGCCCUAGAGCGCCCGGCACCUUCCAGCCCGCCGGCAUCGUCCCCCUUCUCAUCGGCUAGUCGAAGAAGUGAAGCAGGGUUUUAUUUAUUUAUAGACUAAAAAUGUGGAAUAUUGUUCUAUUUCCUUCAAGAUGUUAUGAUUAGUGCAGAUCAGCCAUGUUUAUCUUUUAAAAAUAAACCAAGGUUGCUUAUUUCU